UAUCGCGGAAUAUACAGGGGCAAAACCGGUUUGGUUCCGGUGGACUGCGUGGAAAAGAUGCAAAGUGUGAUGAACCCGGCGCCUCUUUCGCAGAACAGCACUUCGUUGACUAGUCAUGAGAAAGACUACGUUUCGUUACCGCUUGCCAGUUACCAGAUUGAGGAAUGGGAAUCUGAUCGUCCAUAUGCAUUUCGAAUCUUCAAACAGACGUCGUGUUUUGACGUCCAAGAAGCAGAGCAGUUCAUCAUUGCUGCUGCCACGCGUGAAGAUCAACUCGAUUGGAUCAAUUCGUUCCUGCUCUUUUCCAGAAGUGUCAACGACAAGGAAGGUGUCUGUCAACGUAUAGAAUUGAACCCAUUUUUGUUCUUGACGGUUACAGGCGCAAUAGCUAAGAAUCUGCAGGAAGCAGCCCAAUGCUGUAUGCGUUAUGCCAUUGCCGAUGACGUUGUACUGAGCAGUGAAAACAGCGAAGCAUUAGAAGCAAGAACCUAG